AUGGCAUGGCCAAGGGCUCGCAGGCUCGCAGUGGCUCCGCCAGGCCCGAACGCCCAAAGUGGCGCCAAGGCGCGGCCCAAAGGCAUGGCCACGCGAGUCCAGGCGCGCGAGCCGCGCGAGCUGCGAGACGUCCGCGGAGCUGCAACAAGUGCCACAAGCCAAACGAGGCGAGAGACGGUGAUCGAGCUGCAGGACCCGACAGAAGCAACUCAGGAGGCCUUGUUUGGAGAAAAUCCAUUUUUGGGAGUGGAGUGCAUGUCCACACCCGCUUUGGGGUCGGGGUCGGUGCAACAGGUCCAUGGUGUCGCGUCGAGCGCGUCGACCGCGUGUCAAGUGCAGCUGGAUGAUCCUCCAGGUCUGUCCAUCCACCCACCGUGCACUCCCUUAGCCUGGCAGGAUGAGGACACUCUCGUGGAGGAGAAGAGUUUGAGCCCCAUUGGUGGGGCUAGCCCUCAGGUUCGAAACACCGGACCACUACCAGUGGCUUGCAGCCUUUGCUCAGUUCAAGCCUUCACGCCCAAUUCACCGCCGACCUUUGUCUCCUCCCAGAUCCAGAGGCCCCCGUCUCCCGAGGGCAACGUCUCGGCGGAAGACGGCGCGGUCAAGCAGAUCGCGGACAUCGUGGCAGACGCGGAGGCCAAGAUCAUGCGUCGGAUGGAAGGUUGGACAAGUGAAGGCAGCAUCAUGCACCAGCUGGCAUCAGGGACCGUGAGCGAUUUGCGGCUCUCCAGUGCCAUUGCAGGAGACUGCCUGAAGCUGAAAAGCACUGUGGAGGACCUGAAAGGCCGGAUGUCCAGCUUGGCGGACGAAAAUCAUCGGCUGCGCAGCCGGCUGCGAGAUGAGCUCACGAGACCGGAGGAGUCCAGGACGCCGCGAACACCUCCCUCCGAACUGCACAGCAUGCUGCAAAUGAUGCAGCAGCAGCUGCAACAACAGCAGCAGCUCAUUGAGCUCUUGGGCACCCGACCGCGGGCAGGUGUCACCACGCCGCCCGCUCCGCCUGCAGCUCCGGGCACAGCGACAAAGGCCCCGUUGACCGCGGAAGCGCCGCUGCCCGGCCGUGCGGGCAGCGCGGGGUGUACUUGGCGGUUGUCUGCAGCGCCGGACCACUCAGCUGUAGCUCUGGCCGAACCGAUCACGAGGCUGGUGGCGCGCGAGGGUCCGCCGAAGAACGGCGCUCGUGCUGAACUGCUAGUCACACCUCCCGUGACGCCGCCAGCUCCGCUUCCAGCUCCGCCCACAGCGCCACGGAGAUGUCUCACGCCUCGCGGCCUGACGGCACUAACGCCAGGAAGAGAUGGACCACAUCUCUUGGAGCGCUGUGGUCCUUUGCUGGACAACUCAGCGCCAAUGGGCUGCCCCAGGCGUAGUUUGACGCGAGCGACCUCAGCUCCAGCGCGGAGAGGAGGUCCAAGUCCAGCUUUCUUGGGUGUGCAGGCAGCUCAGCAGGUGAAGACCAAGCCCCUACACACCUGGGCCAGAGAGGUGGCCACAGUUCCUGGUAGGUGCGCGCCAGGUGUCCACCUUGGCGGCUGGGGGAUGCCGAGACCGGCUCCUUGGCCCGGUGGUCCGAGGCCCUGCCCGGCCAGAGCAUGUGUCCCAGGACCUUGUGUGAGGCCCCUGUUUAGCGGGUCCGGAGCUGCUCGGACGCUGAAUGGCUGA